AAAGUAAACAAGAGGAAGCAUCCUCUUGGAUUCAUCAAUUCGGCUAUGGGUAAUUACAUGGGGCAACCAGCUGUUGUACCUUCUAGCAAUACUAAUGCAGCUUCGAGAAGUUGUAGUGCAGGAGACGCAGGAAAAGAUGACGAAGGAAGCAACGCUGGACCCUCUGGUCCAUCUAAAAUCGAAUACAUCGCAGGUCAAAACGGUGAUGAAUCAGGUGCUGGACUAAAGCCAGGCGAUGUCGUUGCUAAAGUGGGAAAACGGAAAGUCUUAUGUCUUUUCGGUGCGGCUGAAGAUAAUGUUAAAGCUGGUACGUUCGUGAAUGCGACUGAAGAUAAAGCGCCUCCAGUUGCAGCUCCUGAAUCCGUUGUGAAUGCGACGGGCGGCAGUAGUGCUGGGAAGAGUCAGAAUGGCGUCGUCUUUGGCGGUUCCUCGAGACACGAAAUUCGUGGCAAAGACCACUACAAGAGACUGAACCAGCCAGGAGGCAGGAACUAUUCUCCACCUACAGGCUCGGAACAUCUACAAAGCGUUAAUCAAUAUCCUGGUGGUCAGGGAGGUCAGGUGUUGCCCCACAACAUUAGCAGUACUAGUGCGAAUGGUGGGCAACAGCAACAACAUAACCAAGAUCAAGAGCAGGUAAUGAAGGUCGUACCAAAAGGCAGGCGAGCAGUCCCGGUGCUUGGCCAAGGCCAUCGCGGUAGGGACGAGAAGAGAAACGACAGAGGUCGGCGUCCAUCGGCUCCGAAUCGCAGAAACGGCACACUUGAUACGAUUUCUAGUAACCACAAGACUGCCACAAC